AUGUUAGCAUUCUUCAGAUGUCACCAAAACUCUUAUGCAAUUAAUCUGCGAGGCAGACAAGAAUUUGACAAUGACAGCGAUAAUGGACAUUCAGACUGGAUUUUUGACCUUGUGUGGGUUGACGAUGAAUUUGUCGUAUCAGGCUCGAGAGACAACUGUAUUGCCUUGUGGAAGGUGGACAGCCAUGACGACGAACAGACGUCUAAGAUGAGUAACUUGUUUGUUCCCGAGUACGCCAUCAAGAAGCCCACGGUUGUCAAGCUGUGUGAGAAAGCCCAGAAGGUCCGGGCUCUUUCCAUCAAUGACAACAGACAGGAAAUGGCAGCCUUAUCUUUGAAUGCCUACUUUCAUUUGUGGGAUGUACAGAAAUUUCAGCAGUUUUACAGCAAGAAGCUGCACUGUAACAAGGAGAACGUGUGUAUGUGUGUGAGCAAGAAGAAGACUCUGUACGCGAUCGGUUCCCAGUCGGCCGUGACACUCAUUGACCCGCGGUCACGCAACAUCGCCUCAACCAUCAUGUCCAAACACAGAGAGAGAGGGAUUCGUUCUGUGAAUUUCAAUGAAGAGAUUAUUACAAUAGGUACUGGAGUGGGAGUUAUUUUGUUUUAUGACCUGCGAGCAGGCAAAUAUUUAGAGAUGAACUGUGGACAUGCCUGCAGUUUGACAGUUAGUCAAGGAUGGCUGAAACAUGACGAGAAUUAUCAUGAUUUCUUCAUGGAUCAGGACUACCCUAAUGCCAUCUACACACACACGUAUGAUGACAGUGGACUGCGGUUGUUUGCGGCGGGCGGACCUCUUCCAGCCGGACUGUGGGGGAACUACGCCGGAUUGUGGUAUUGAGCCACCACCUUACCUUUGUCUGACAGUGACGACUUCUCUGUGUUGUUAUUAUCUUUGUGAUGAGCAAACAUGGAUGCUACAGAAUGGUUCUGUUUUUGAAAUACACUAGACGUAAUUUUGUUUGAGCUAAUUUUCAAAGAAAUAGAAUAUUUCUUUGAAAAUUAUUUUAAAAAGUGGCUUUUGUUUGAGCUAUUUUUCAAAUAAAUAGAAUAUUUGUUUGGAAAUUAUUUUAAAAAGUGGCU